CAUCACUUCAUCUGCUAAAUAGAGUCAAAUCAGUCUUCUGCUAGCUUGUUGAUUACGAAUUUUCGUGUUUUUAAUUGGAUUUAGUAUUUUUAAAAGCAUUUAUUUAAAAUUGUUUAAAAAAUCUGGCCAUUUCGUAAGGUUUGGAGAAUUAUUUCACACUUUCUUUAAAUAUUUAGUACGAAUACCGCGCGGAUUCCAACUUAUGACAUUUUGUUGCCGUCCUCAUUUCUCGUGCAAAUGGAUGAUACUGUGAAUUCUCCAGGUAAUAAAAUGGCUGAUUCUGCGUCCGAAAGUGAUUCAAGCUCUCUGGAUGGCGGUGCAAUGUUGCCUCCCAGUGCGGUCUCUCGUGAUCAGUUGCAAAAAAGAAUAGAAUCUCUACAGCAACAAAAUAGAGUAUUGAAGGUAGAGUUGGAUACAUAUAAACUUCGAGUUAAGUCUCUGCAGGAAGAAAACCGUGCAUUGAGACAGGCUUCAGUUUCAAUACAAGCUAAGGCUGAACAAGAAGAAGAAUAUAUAUCUAAUACACUUUUGAAGAAAAUUCAAGCUCUCAAGAAAGAGAAAGAAACACUGGCUCACCACUAUGAGAGAGAAGAGGAAUGUCUUACAAAUGAUUUAUCACGGAAACUGAAUCAGUUACGUCAAGAGAAAUGUCGUUUAGAACAAACCUUAGAACAGGAGCAAGAAUGUCUUGUCAAUAAACUGAUGAGGAAGAUUGAGAAACUUGAGGCUGAGACUCUUGCUAAACAAACUAAUUUGGAAAGACUCCGCAGAGAAAAGGUGGAACUAGAAAAUACCUUGGAACAAGAACAGGAGGCCUUAGUCAACAGGCUUUGGAAGCGGAUGGACAAGUUGGAGGCUGAGAAACGAUCUUUACAAAUAAGAUUGGACCAGCCAGUGUCAGAUCCUGCCAGCCCUAGGGACAUCAGCAAUGGUGAUACAGCAUCAAAUUUAAGCAAUCACAUUCAAACUCUACGCUCCGAGGUUGUAAAAUUAAGGAACCAGUUAUCAGUUUCCCAAAAUGAAAACAAGGAGAAGAUGCAUCGUUUGGCAUUAGAGGAGAAACAUAUCAGAGAGGAAAAUCUUCGCUUGCAGAGGAAACUGCAGCAAGAAGUGGAAAGGCGUGAAGCGCUGUGCCGGCACCUCUCGGAAAGCGAGUCUUCUUUGGAAAUGGAAGAGGAGAGGCAGUUCAAUGAAGCGUUGAGUGCGCGGUCCCGCAGCGUGUCGUCGCCGGGCGGCUCGCGGCCGCUGUCGCCGUACGGGCCGCCGCUGAUGCCCAACGCGCCAGGCCUCCGCCCCGCCAUGCAUUUUAAUUCGCAGCAACGUCGGCCAAGCGACCGCUUCGUGAAGCCCGCCGUGCCGGUAGCGGGAGGCAGCCCCGGCGUGGCGCGGGGCGGGGAAGCCGCGGCCGGGCUGCCCGCGGCCGCCAGCACGCCGCCGCGCCCCGCCCCGCCGCUGCUGCAGCCCGCCAGCCCCAUGGACACCUCCUCCAAGGACUAAACACGAGGACCGUCGACGAGAGAGCACCGUAUUGACGGGUAGUUUUUGAAGCGUUGCGUGAAUGUAAAUAAUACUGGUGUUAACGCGCAUCUUAAAAAUUGCGGAUCGUAUUCCCAGUUGCUUCACCGCCACUAUGCUAUGAGAGAGAUUUUUUAAAUCUGACCCAAAUUCAUUGAAUGGUCAAUUUUCGUCUAUUUUCUUGAAUAACUUGGAAACCAUUAAUUUUAAAAUUACAAAAAAAUACAUUUAAGAUCUUCUCAACAAGACCUUUCAUUUGAAAUGCCACACGAUGCAGUUUUCAGAAUUUUUUUUUUAAUUUUCCCCUUCCCCCCCAAAAAUGACCCCCCAUAUACAGAUUUCAUCUGCUCACGUCACACCUCUGUGUUUGGGUCACAGGAAUUGAUAUGUGUACCAAAUUUCAACUUAAUCGGUCUAAUAGAUUCGGAGAUAAUUGACUGUAAGCGACAGACACACGAGUGAUCCUAUAAGGGUUCCGUUUUUGUAUUCAGACGUACGGAACCCUAAAAACUAGGUAGAUCGACUGGUUGUGCUAGGUAGAUAGACAGAUCACGCAGCCGAUUUUCUAUGAGUUGAAAUGACCAAGUAAAAUCCACUAGUUUAAACCGCGUAUGUGACCGUGUCCGUUCAUUGUGACCACAACUGACACGUUCAAAGUGACGAAGAACACCUUUCUAUUAUCGACGUUUCAGCGGCCGAACGUUUACAACAGAAAGAUAUUUGCGCGUUAAUACCUGUGUUAUUUAUAUUGUACACUAGUUGAGCUGCGAAAUAAGAAAAACUUAAAAAUUUAAUGCUAAGAAAGCGUUUCUCUAUCUAUAGGUUAUUUUGAUUCCAAAUUAUAUGUAUGUAUAAUAAAUCGGAAAAAUACCUACUAUGUAUAAAAAUUUUAAAAAUUGUACAAAAUAUGUUUGACUGAAUCAACUUCGAAAACCUUAUAAAAUUGUCAUAUUCAAUUUUGUGAUUUUAUUUGAGAGUUCCAUAUUAUUCAUUAGAUCCGUUCCAUACGAUUGUAAUAAAAAAAUCAAAUAUGGAGGUGAUAAUGUAAAUGCAACUGAUAAAAAGAGAAAAUAUUUACUCAAUAAUCGAUUCUGGUUCACGUAAAUACUAAUAAAAUGUAAAGGUUUUCGUAUAAAAUAAUAUCCAAAAUUAUUGUUUCUUUCCUUUUUUCUUAAGAUUUGCAUAUUUCAGUUAUCUUUCUUGGCAUUAUUUAUUUAUGCUAUUUGCUUACAUUUGUGUAUUACGCUAGCAAAAUGCAAAGGGAAUUUAAAAAUGCCAUAUAUGUUCAAAUGUUUUGAUCCGACUUCUUCAAAGAUCGGAAUAAUUAAUGUCUGAACAACAUGGUAUGUAUCUGGUUAUUGGGCCCAAAUACGUUAGUAAACUCGCAAAGCAGGUUUGAUUUUGAGCUAUAUCGGGAUGCGCUCCUAACUAAAGCGAAGCUGUGCGAAUUCAGCCAAUCAUAGCUCUCAAUUCCUUGCUAAUGUAAGAGGAUUGGUCAAAUCUACAUUUUCUCUCGACUUCUUUGGGGACGCACCCUAAUCGGCUUAUUCAGUUGUACAAUUUUGUUAUUGAAGGUGCCCAAUGUCUUUUGUUAUUGGGUACAUUCGUCUUUGAAGUUGUUAUUUAUUAUUAACCGUCAAGUAUGUUUUCAGUUUGUAAUUAAAAAUUUUGUGUAAUAAUGAAAACUUGAAGAAAAUUGUGAUUGUACAAAUCUGUAAAACAUGAUGAUGUAUAAUACAACUUUUUAUAGGGGAUAGUAAAAUGAAAGAAGUGAAUGGCAGCAGAUUGAGAGAAUUAUUGUCAUCGUGUUUGGAUAUGAGACAUAAUUCGAUGACUUUAUUUCUAUUGUGUACAGCAGUCAGGUUUUUUUUUUAAUACGGCACUAGCGCUCCUCCGUCGACGCCCUCUACAGGGAUGCAAUUCUUUACCGUCUUGUCAGAAAUUAUAUUAUGUGCUUUAAGUAUAGCGAAACUUGUCUCUAUCAGUAAGGAGACAUAAAGAAAGUUUUGAAUUCUAUUUAUAAAGCUACAGAAAGGUAUUUCUUUUUUAUUUAUUUUGGCAAAUUGUUGGCAAUAAGUAACAACGAAUAUGUACAGGCAAAGUUUAAAAUCAUUAAUGACUGCGGCCUAGAGAAUUGCCUACCUGGUCCCAGAGCCGAAUGACACUUCGGCACCCUAUUUUCAAUUGUUGGAUUUUUUGGAUUGGAUAAUUUGUGGGAGUUUAAGUGUCAUUCUAGCUGUUAAGAUAUUGCACAUCGCUCACUGCCCUAUCAAAUUAGCACGCCCCAGUUAUCCUUCCUAUUUAUAGGCUCGAGUAAGUUUCGUCGAUAUACUGAUGUAAUUAGUAGCAAGCGCGAGACAGUUAAAAUAAUAUGUAUAUGUCAAAUGAUUAUCAAACUUCGAUACGACGGUUUGAUCUAGUAUUAGAAAUAGCUAGUUCCGAUUAAAAUUUGGACGUGGGCUUUUAAAUUUGCGGCAGUGGGUUUUAUUAUUAUAGGCUGUGUUCAAAUUCACCUAUGGAAAGGUGAUAGAUGAUUGAAAGAUUGUAAUUCGAUAUAUCACAAGCAGGGUAAUCAAACUACUCCCAAGUGAUGUUAUAGUGUAGGACUGUGUGACACGGUAAGAAUGUUGAGUUGUGCCCUCAAGGGCUAUUGUUUAGCCACUGUAUGGGAGUAGUGAGUGCAUCCCUUGAACUCAAUUCAAUUAUGCAAUUUUUCACUUUAACAUUAUAUUUUUUUUUCAAUGUUAUAAUAAAACAAAAUAUAUGCAUUAAUAUUACUA